AUGGCAAAGGAGUUCGUCUCUCAGCCAUCAUCAGCAUCUUCCGGCAGUUUCGACCUGAGGAGGUCACUGAGGGCUACCAGGUCUCGACCUUGGUUGGUCAACAGCGUCCUCCGUGGACGGUCAACGGCCGCUACCGGGGUCAAGGAUUGUGAGGAUGCCCCCUCAUUGUCGGCGACCACCACUGUGACAAUUGUUUCGGACCCCGCGCCGACCGCUACGGCCUCGUGUCGAUCGGAGAAGCAAUCGUCGGACGACAAGACAGCCGCGGAGGCGAAGGCAGCGACUUCGGUCAAAGCCCCAGCCAAAGCAAAGGCCAUGGGAUCUCUGAUCCCCGUACCGGUCACACCGGUCCUUAAUGGCAUGUUGUCGUCGUCUCGGCUUUGUGGAUCCACCACACCCGGCAAGGAAGACGAUGUCGGAAAGGACAAGACAACCGCCACGUCUCGCACCGUCACAGGGGAGACGGCCUCGGCGCCACGGCUCCCGGUUCGCAUCAAGGCUUCACUCGUUGGGCCCCGGCCUGCUCCUGAGCAGGUACGACUUGACAAGCCCCUUGUUGCUUACGCUGGGCGCCCGGUUGACAAGGAGGCCGGCAAAAAGAGAGGGACGGAGGGUAUUGGCGGAGGAGGUUUCCGCCCAAUUGUUCGACGACCAGAGGCAAUGUCGAUCCAGCGUUGCAUCAACUCGGAGCCAAUCAGGAGUACUCGGUUCGACCGCCCGGUCAAAUCGAUCUUGAAGCACCACAUUGAUCUCGUUGGGGAGACGGAGCCUACUACACCAAAUUCUGCCGGCCAUGGAGUGACAUCUGGUGCCCCGGAUCAGAAGAAGAGUGUGACAUUUGCCCCGUCGCUGUUAAUCACACCGGCCCGCUGUUGGCCAAAGCACAUCGUCCCGGAGUGGCGUUGUCGUCAGUGUGAUAGCUGUGGGCAUUUGUCGUGGUGUCGCGAACUGGAGGGUGCGAAGCUUGGGUUGCAGGCUUCUGACGUCUGGCUGGAGGAUCAGCUGAUCCGAGGCCACGACUACUUGAAGCAGUCAGGAGGUUAUCUCAGCAAGCACGGUUCUCAUGCUCCCACGGCACUAUGGAGUUUUUGA